AGAAUACAGCAUCAACCUGAAGAGGACUACAUUCGGCACUGGACCAGACGCAGGCGUGAACAGAUUGGCAUGGUGCCUCUUGGGCUUAGUACCCACACGCUAAGACCUAUGUGAAGGACCGGAGAAAGAUAGGAGGCUGCAUGAAGUCCAAAACAGAUGAUAAAGGAAAAGGCAUUGUUCUUUGUGGACAUGGGGGACGCAUGUGUUAAUUUUUGAAGCUGCGAUCCUAGGAAAAGCUGGGCUAGAGGAAGAAGAACCUGAGGUGGUGAGAAUCAACGCACUGGGAUCCAAAGCCCAUAAUUAUGAAUUUCAUUUUUUUCUUUCGCCUCGAGGCUGCGAUGAAGGCUCUUGCUACACAAAAACCUAUGUGGCACCCAGGAUAUUAUAUAAGCCCUUGGCAGGAGGGGAGAUAGUCCGGUUUGUGCGCUUCAGCCGCCGCAGUUGCAGUAGCCACAGCGCAGCAGCGAGAGCCGCUCAGGUUGAUUUAGAACGCGGGUGACAGUGGCCUGGCGCGAGCCUACGGCUGACGACAGCGGCUGAUCCCACUCGGUUUCCAUGGAGACGGGCAGGAGCCGCGGCGGCGGCGCGGCUGUCAGCGAGCGCGGCGGCGGCGCGCGCGCGGGGGUCUGCGGGAGGCAGGAGCAGGCCGGGGCCCUCGCUGCAGACAUGGACUCGCAUUGUGAGUGCGCCGCGGAGACGCCCGCCGCAGAGCCGCCGUCGGGGAAGAUCAAUAAGGCUGCGUUCAAGUUAUUCAAGAAAAGGAAAUCGGGGGGCACCAUGCCCAGCAUUUUUGGGGUCAAAAACAAAGGGGAUGGGAAGAGCUCGGGGCCGACGGGAAUGGUGAGAAGCAGGACCCACGACGGACUAGCCGAGGUGUUGGUGCUGGAGGGCAGCAAGAAGGAGGAGCCGCCUGGCGGGAGCGAUCACAGCGGGGCCCGGCCGAUCCCCGGACCCCCCAAACCCUCCGGGCCUGGCCUGGGCUCCCUGGCCAGCAGCUCGGUGGCCAAGUCCCACAGCUUCUUCUCCCUGCUGAAAAAGAACGGGCGAUCGGAGACCGGCAAGGGAGACCAUGCCGAGGCGAGCAAGGCUGGCGGCAAACAAAAGAGGGGGCUGAAAGGGAUCUUCAGCAGCAUGCGCUGGCACCGGAGGGACAAGCGCGGCAAGGAGGAGGAGGAGAAGGCGGUGCGCGCGGCGGGCCCGGGCAACCUGGUUCUGCCCGGUUCGCUCACCGCCAGCCUGGAGUGCGUCAAGGAGGAGCCGCCCCGAGCCGCGCGCCGCCCGGACAGCCCGGGCCAGGACGCCUCGCGACACGCAGCAGGUGAGCCCGCAGGGGGAGAGCAGGCGCCCGCGUCCGCCGAGAGCGCCCCGGAGCGGAUCUGCCUCGAGGCCGGGAGCCCCACCGGCUCUGGCGAUCAAAGCUCCCGGGGAGAGGACGCCGAGGGGCAUCGGCGCGAGGAGAAGCCCGGGGCAGCCCUCGAGUCGGGAGCCGGUGAGGUCCAGGCGGCCGAGGAUGCGUCCAAGACAGGUGACGUUCCGAUAAAGACCGUCCCCCUUGUCGACUCCGAAGGUGGCAGCGGCCGGGCGUCUGCUGUCCCUGACCCUUCCUCUGUUGAUCCACCCUCAGACCCGUCGGCAGAUCGUAUUUGUUUGAUGUUUUCUGACGUGACUUCACUGAAAAGCUUUGACUCUCUUACAGGCUGUGGAGAUAUUAUUGCAGACCCAGAAGAAGAGGCAGGCCCCAGCUGUGACAAGCAUGUCCCCGGGCCAGGCAAGCCAGUUCUCUCUAAAAAGAACGCCAGCGUGGUGGCCUACCAAGGAGGAGGGGAGGAGAUGGCCAGCCCGGAUCAGGUGGACGACACCUAUCUCCCGGAAUUCUGGGACAUGUUGUCCCAGACUGAGGACCAAGGACAAGGAACUCAAGAAGGCGCAGCGAAGGCAGCCACUGCUUCCGACAUCAAGUUGGCCCCUGAGACCUCCAGUGAUACCCGGUGUGGGGAAGCAGCCAAGGACAUGUCCUCGGUCAAGCGCAGGAGGCUCCACAGAAUUCCCAUUGAGUCCCAGCAGAAGGAGGAGCCCAAACAUCCGGAGAAGGAGCAUCAAGAAGGUGUUCCUAACAGCGAUGAGGGCUACUGGGACUCCACCACCCCUGGCCCAGAAGAAGAGAGCAUCAGCAACAGCAGCAGCAGCAAGAAGGUGGUCAUCCCCAGGGAUAGCGACAGUGGCGAUGCUCUCUGCGAUCUCUACGUUGAACCUGAAGCAAGCCCAGCCACCCUUCCUGCCACAGAGGACCCACCCUGCUUGUCCCGGCUAAAGCCGGUGUCUCCAGGCACCAUCACGUGUCCUCUGAGAACACCGGGCAGCUUGCUGAAGGACUCUAAAAUCCCUAUUAGCAUCAAGCAUCUCUCCAACCUUCCGUCCAGCCAUCCGGUGGUGCACCAGCAACCAGCCAGGAGUGAGGUGCCCAGAACAAAAAUCCCUGUUUCCAAAGUGCUGGUCCGUAGGGUCAGCAACCGGGGCUUGGCUGGGACCACCAUCAGGGCAGCAGCAUGCCAUGACAGUGCCAAAAAGUUGUGAGGUCCCCAAGGCCAAGGAGGAUGGAUGGGCCAUAUGUUAAGGAAUACAACUUUCCCCUGGAAACCACUGAAGGAAGUUCGCUUUCUCCAAAGCAAAUCAUUUAGGACCCACCCUUCUCCAUAUGGCCUAGAAGUCUUUGUUGGAGACAGGGGCAGGACACCCUGGAAGGGGGAUGUUACACCUGGAGUUCAGAUAAGUUUCUGAGAAUUCUUUUCUAGCGCCUUCCCUUUUCUUUUAACCUUUACAGAAGAUCUGGGCUUCCUUCUCCUCCUCUUCCUCCUCUUCCUCCUCCUCCUCCUCCUCCUCCUUCUCCUCCUUCUUCCUUAAUUCAUGGAUCAUUCAGAAGUCACCUUUCUUUGCCUUUGCAGAAAAUAAGAUUUAACCAAAUCUAACAAAAAAAAAAAAAAAUCCCACCAGGAUAUCAGGCUGUUCUAGAUUCAAGAGGGCCUUGCGGAGUCACUGAACAACAGGAUUCUUGCCUUUCUUUCCAGGAAAGAAAAAAAAAAAAAUAAAAAAGAACUUCGCUUUAUCACUGUGUGGAAAACACCUCAAAGCUAAAGCUCCAUGUAGCUGUGUGACUAGACCAGGGGGCUGCUGACCUGCAGAAAGCCCCCAGCUUCCAAUGCCAGAUAUGCAAAUAGGGAAGGAAAGCUCUAUCUCUAGGAAGAAAACAGAGGUUUAGUAUGGCUGGCUCAGAUCGUUUGUCUGAGGAGAAAUAAAAGGCUCACGAGUAGUUUAUGUGUUUUUUGUUUGUUUGUUUGUUUGUUUGUGUAUUUUUUUUUGGAUCCACUCCUCCCUCUUGGUGCAAAACUCAAGAUCAGGGAAAGAUCUCACUAAAUGCUAAUUACACAGUAUUUUGACGUUUGUAAACUUCAACCUUCUUAUGUAUAGCUAAUGCAUAUUUUACAGUUUAUCUCACGCUUAACAUUUUUCAACCUGUCGAUUAUAUAGGAUUUAAAGUCUGGUCUUAGAGCUGGAUAUGUUGACAAGCCAUUGAGUUUCUUUAUGUACUAUAGCCUGGGGCAGGGCUGCUGUUGAUUUAUUAGGGUUCUUUGCACACACAAAGGCACACACACACACACACACACACACACACACACACACACACACACAAUAUUGAUGCCCUUGAAUAGUGGUUUUCCUGGCCUUGGUUAAAAGUCUGCUUCUCAGCCCAAACCAGAAAUUUUACCUGGUUUAUAAAAUGUUGGAUCCAAUCAUUUCUCCAAAGAUAUGUCCAAAAUGAACAUAUCAAGAAAUAUAGAAAAAUUCAAGUUUAAAACUAUUAUUUUAAAAAUAAAUUAAAAAUAAAAUAAUUUUAAAAGCGAUUAUUUUGACUUUUGCUAUACAAACCUAUGCCUGAGACAGGUGUGUUCUCCAUAAGAUACUGCCAAACCUGAGUAUAUAAACAUGCUACUAAAUGACUUUUUGAGAAGGGCUUUGAUUGGAUAUUUGCUUUCUAAUGUUUCAGCUGACACUUUGAAGCCUUGGCAGGCUGAACCAUACAGAGAAGGGGUUUCUAGGAUGCUAUUAGGAUCUGCUGAUUAAACUGAUAUCCUUCUGUGGAUGCACUUCAGGGCAUUUAACUCCAAGGGCCAGAGCUUCAACCAGAGGUGCUGCGGCUCAUUAGGAGAUGGCACAGAUCCCAGUGACCCGGCAUGUGUGUGAAUGAUAGGAGCAGAGUGUAAUUCGGGUUUUGGAGAGAUGACUAAGAAAUAGUCUGCUAUUUUGUGUUUUAAGAUUUUAGUUAUAUUUUGUAAAAGAAAAAAAGCGAAAUAUAUGAAAACUUAUUUUAAUAGUAUGAAGAAAGCAAAAUUAAGUGGCCAUCAAAGAAAACUUGACAAGGCACAGAGGAGCCUAUUGCUAUUUCUGAUUUGUAGUGAUUCGGGGGGCUUUGAAGAGGGGGGGCAGAGGUCUGCUGUAUACCUUAGUCAGAUUGUUGACUCUCACCGUAUGGUCUCAGGUCCUUGCUAUUAUCUCAAAGCAAUGCUUUAUUUUUUAAUUUUCUUGUAUUUAUAGAUGGGAUCCCCCCCCGCCCCCCGCGCCAUGUGCUCACCACCCCCAAGCAUUCUAGACUCAUUAUCAGACACCAUACAAGCAUCUCAGCUAUGCUCAGGAAUUCAUCUGCAUAAAAAGUAACAGAGAAAAGACAUCUCAAAAUAGUUGAGGUUGGACAAUAUUUUGAAAUUUAUUUCUGCCCUUGAGAAAAGACUUUCAGUUUGAUUAAUAUUGAUAGAAAUGUUUAGACCCAAAAUGCAUUUGUUUUCUCCUAGAACUGGAGAGAAUAUACAUUUUACUGCUAGCAGGAAAACAAAGGAGCUUUUUUUUUCCUUAUGCUUUUCCCUGUAAAGAUUAUACUCACCUUUGCACAACUCCAUGGCUGGGUUCUGUUUUCAUUCAGUGUAGGAAAGGUAGCAUAGGAAGAAUGAGAUCAGAUACUGUCAGAGUAAUGGCAGCUGGUUGCUAAAGCACCAGGAGCCACUCUUCCAAGUGUCCCCGACUUGGGGGCUUAGCUGUACAUUCGCCCCUAUGCCAUCCUCUCUUUGCAAGUGAAGGAAAAAUUUUAUCUUCAUUUCCCCUGGCAAUUAAUCACUUACCUAAGACCUCAAAUGUUUAAUUUAUACUUUUUAUCACACUUUUUUCUUCCUCUGAUUUUUCUCCUUUACCCUGUUCGUUUAAGAACAGCAGCCGUGCCAGUCUAGUAAGGGCUUGAUAAUGAAUUGAAUGUCCCUAGCCAUUAGCAGGUGGGAUGGCGGUCAGCCUUCUCCAAACACAGAAAAGGGAUCAGAGUUGCUUCCUUGUGCCAAGGGUUUAUCUGUGUUUGCAAAAAUAUCUUCUAGAUUUACACUCAAGUGUUUAUGAAUGUGUUAUUGGAUAGCCUUCUGAGGAUUGGGCAGGCCUUUUUGCUAUGGGUUUUUGGUUUUUUAUUUGUAGAGAAAGGUCAGACAUGAGCAAAUGAUGCAUUCUUGGUAUGUACAGUCCUAAGGUUCAUUGGGUUGGCACUCUUUGGGCAAAGACCUGCCUAACAUGAGAGCACAAGAAGCCAAUUGUUAGGCAGGAAUUUGUCAGUGUAAUGGCUCUGCAUAAGGCAGCCUGACUUUAAUGUCUAACAGACACACACACACACACACACACACACACACACACACACAAUAUAAAGCCAACUUAGUUCUGCUUUAACUCUAUUGGCAAUAGAAGCCCUUAUUCUCUCUCUCCGUCAGGGAGUGGGAGACAUUUCCGUUUGCUACAGCAUUUCAAAACAUCCCAAGAGGAAAUAAAUUUUUAUAACUUCACACAAUAACAAUGGAGUAAAGAUCACUCCAACUUCCUUGAGAUGCAUUUUGCACAAAAGUUAUCUGCCGACUGACACGCAAAUAAAUAUAGGUUCCAUAUUUCGCAUGUGCAGACGUCUAGCCCAUCUUGAAAGGCUCCCUCACUCAUCUCAGUUAUUUUUGAUUCCUUGAAAUCAAUAUUCAAAGAGCCCUUCGCUGACUCAAUUGUCAAGGUCAAAGGCCCUAUCAAGUGUCAGGAUGUCUCUGACCACACUUUCUGGGGUUUUUCUUGUUUCUAUCUCUCCGGAGAAGCUUCUCACUGAGCGCGCUCUGGAGGUUGACUUGUGUGGCUGAAUCUCUCCUAUUUUGUUCAUCCCAGUUGCUUGCUGCCCUGGGACAGUGAGAUUAUCCCCCUUCCUCUGUGGUUGGCCUUCUGGACCGUGCUAGCAUGCUCCUCCCGUGCUUUCAACCGUUAUAAAUGCCUGGCUUGCUUUGGGAAUGGGAGGACUUGGCUCACUGUGCUCGGCCUCUACUGAGACAUCUUACACACUCUGCUUCCCUCAUGGGUGCUUAAAAAUUAACUCAAGAAUUUCCAGUUGCCUCCCCCUGUUGCCAGGAUGGCCAGUUAGAAGGCUCUGCAUAAGAACUUCAAAUACCACCCUAACCUUGGUCCCUCCCUUUCUCAGCCACCAAGAAAGGACUCCAUUAUUUGUGUAAAUUCAGCCUUAGAAAUUUCCCAUUUACUACACAAAAAUUUGUAUGGACCAGCAUGGGCAAGCGAGGUCUUAGCAAGGUGUCUCUUGGACGGUGUGUGGCAGAAAGGGGCCGCCCAGGAGCACCUCGGGGUGCUAGUGUGUCCUCAUAGUGGUCAUUGGUUGUGUCAUCUGGCCCUGCUCUCAAGACUUUCAGUGGCUGUCAGUUCUUGAGUGAGUCUCUGGGGCCUUCUGCUCAGGUGAUGGUUCAAAGGAAGUAGUGUGUUGCAACAAUAGCCACCUAGAAAGGAAGUGAUUGCUCCACCUGCACACAGGCGACGCCUUCAAAAGGUAGUCUGGGAAUUGAAUUACGGAGAGGAGUUCUCUUUUGAACUAAAACAGGGAAGAUGAAAGUGUCACAAAGCCUCCAGCUGACAGACAGCAGCUUUUAUGAUAUUGGCUUGAAUCCAAUGCAACCCAUAUCUCCAGGACGUGUACUGUAUCCAAUACUUAGUAAUAAUAAUAAUAAAAAGCACAGUUGGGGGCUUACAUGUUGCUGUGCUGUUUUCUCAAUAAUCAUUAAAACUCAUCUCACCUUUGUAUGUUUUGCUUAUAGUUUGUAUGUUGGAGUAGAGUGCGGGUCAAUCAAGCCACAUGAAUGUUCUAAAACUCCUGUGUGGCCGUGCUCCUGGGGAGCACUGCUGAGAGUUACUCCACCCUAUCCCCAGCCAUGUGAGGUGAAAUUGUCUCCCUGGUAGGACUUUAAAUCAGACUUUUUGUUUCUUCUUCAUUGCAGACUCUCUCUCCGUAUCUCCUCCUUUCCCUAGUCUCUGGGGCAGGGCUAUAAACUGUUUACUGUCCUGUGGGAGCACAAUUGCUAAGAGCUGUUGAAACCAUUGACUUCACUCCGAUUCUAACAGGACAAGCCACCUCACGUCCAAACUGAUGACGUUAGCUUUGUGUCAUGCACAGGGAGACUGACAGCUCCCUGUUCCUCUGGGGUCCACAGGCAAACAAUUUGCUUCCUUCUCUUUGGAGCAUCCUCUCCAGCUAAGGAUUAACAUGGAAAGUACAGACAGAAGUCUCUUCUGUUGUCAUGGCAACACUCCUUCCCUGAUAAGAUUUUGGCCAUUCCAGGCACGCUUCACUUGUUUUCCUACCUUAAGCCUAGACUAGCCUUGUUCUGAGUAUUCUGGGUUAUUUUCAUUGUAGUAAGAACGUUCAGUAUGAAGUCUCUCCUUUUUAGUUGUCACGUGUACAAUACAGUACUUGUGACCAUAGGCACACUGCUUAUGCUUAUGCUUAGAGUUUAUACAUCCUGCAGUAACAGAUACUUUAUUGCUUGCUGACCAACAACUCCUCAUGCCCCCUUCCAGCCCCUUACCACCAGCAUUCCCCUCUCUGAUUCUAGGAGUUAGACUGUUUUAGACACCUCAGAACAAUGGGGACUGGUAGGUUCUGUGCUUUUAUGAUUUGCUCAUUUCACUGAGCACAACAUCUCCAGAUAUAACAGCCACUCUGUCAUGUAUUUAAGAGUUCUUCCUUUCUGAAAGCUGGCUCCAUUGUACAGCAGGCAGGCAUACUCCACUGAAUGUGUCUGGUCACCUGUCAACAGACACGGCACUGUGUCUUGGCUACUGUGAAUCAUGCCUCAGUGUAGACAAGGAUGGGAAAUAUCUUUUCAAGACUCCAACCUCCAAGCCUUUUAGAUCAUACCCAGAAGUGAACUUGCUGAUUCUUACAGUAAUUCCGUCUUAAAGCCUUUGUGGACCAGUCACACUGUUUCCCACAGCAGAUGUGCCAUUUUACACCCCUAACUUCAGUUCACAAGGGCCCAAUUUCUCCCACCAUCAUCUUUUGUCUGUUGUCUACUUAAACGGGGCACAGCUGAGUCAUCCUUUGUCCUGGUCCCACUCUGAAUUCCAGAUGGAAGCACCUUCCAUCAUAAGCCAUCCAUCUUGCUUCCUUGGUGGCCCUGGAAUCUUGCUCUACAUUUUCCAAUUUGUUCAUUCACUCAACUGAUAUUUAUUGAGCACAGCCUAUGAUUUUGUGCUUAAUCCUACCAACUUCCAGAGGAAGUUCCCUGCAGUGUUAGAAGCGAUGCUGCUAACCUUGCUUUACAAUGUUGCCUGGUUUGCUUUGUCUACAUUUUCCAGAGGAAGAAACUGGUUCUUGAGAAGGUUGAAGGUCAUUGGGGCUCAGUGGGGCCUGAGCCAUGCUUUGAGUAACAGGGGCAGCCUUGAACCUGACUCCACAGCGCAGGCUUUAAUUGGAGACCUUUUUUUUUUUUUCUCAGCCCACAGUCACCUUUUGAAUUGCUCAUUUUAAUUCAACUAUGAAAAUCCAACUCCAUUUUUAUGAUGGUGCAUAUCAUUUAAAUGAUUAUUUCAAUUAAAAACGAACUCAGUUUUUAAAUAGCCAUCAAUGGUUUUCAUUAAAAACAAACAAACAAAAAUACCCCAAAAUCCUACAUUUCAAGUCUAAAAGGUUGCUCCAGGGACAAGUCAGCUUUUUCCUAUCUAGGCCAGUUAAAAUCUGGGGUCAUAGCCUCUAGUUAUUUAGAUUGUACUUAUGGACUAUACACUCUUAUCUCUGUUUUGCCAAUAAUAUAGCCAGAAAAGCAAUUUCAGUGCGGAAUCCAUUAGGCUUUGGCCUUGUUUCUUCUCUCUUUGAUCCCAGUAAGAUACCUUUCUCAGUGUUUAGGGAAAAUUAGUUUGAAAUUGCAUCAAUAUAUCACAACUAACAAGAUUAUUUUACUCACUCACACAUUACCUACCUUUGGUCAACUUUUCUCUGCCCCAGUGUAAUGGGACACAGUGAGAAAAUCAAUGCCAGUUCUGACUCUGUUGCAUCACAAGCUGGGAGGUUCUAGGAGGGUUAUUUAAUAAUUAACUUUCUCCUCUGUAAUACAGAACACAUAUUUGUAGUGCAGCCUCAGCUCCUGGUUCUUUGAGAUGCAUUCAACUGUCUCAGACAUCUUCAAGUCUGAGUCAUUUUAUAAACUAAAGUAGAAUUAUCAGAAUAUAUGUGGCCCAAUAGCACGGGGUAUGGCAGGUAAACACAGCAUUUAUAUCAAAGGAGCAUGGGGGUGGGGACACAGCGUUAUCACGUGUGUACAAUUCUGGCACCUGUGACACCGCCCUGCUAGCUAGUUAGUUUUAAUGAAUGCUCUUAACUGCCUAAUUAACUACUGAAGUUUUUUUUUGUUGCCUCCAGAAUAAAUUUAGCAGAACUGAUCUGAUUGAUAGUGGCUGAUUUAAGAAGAAUAUCAGUGAGAAUAGCUCUGACCUUAGAGCCCUUUGGGUUUCAUUUGUUAUCAGCAACCCGCCAGCCUCCUCCGAGCUUCAGAUUGCCUGUCUGAUUCCCAAACAACAUCUCAGUGUGAUAUAAAAACAAAUGCAGGUUGUUUAGCAUCCGUGACUAAGGAAACCCAAGCAGAAACUCCACUUCUGUAGUAGUCUUCCUGCCAGGAGAGCCUCUGAGAACAGGGCUUGGCUGCAUCACUUUUGUGCACAAGAGGAAAAAUCAUUAGUAACUGGUAGGUUUAUAGAUAUUAUUUUUAUAAUAGAAUGCUAAUCCCCUGAAAAAUAUCAAAAAUUAGUGUCCUAGAAUGAACUCUGUGCUUUCCAAAUCUACUUCUAAGAAGGGUUCUAAACACCAAUAGGGUCCGUUUUCCUUCGCUACUCCGAUGGUCUAAUGGGAUAGAUGAAUCAAUGUUUAUAUUUUUAAACCUGUAAAUAUUUUUAUUUUGAAUAUUUUGUAUAUUUGUUGAUAUAAUUCCAUUUUGUGCAUAUGUACUACUGUGCAUGUUGCUGGUUUUGAUAGUCACUCUUUUAACAAAUGUAAACAGGUUGGACUAAUGGGCUCUCUUCUUUCAUUCAUCUUACAAUGAAAAUAUAAUGUUGCCAUUUUAACUAUUGUGUUUAAAUUUGGUCAAUAAAUUCUGUUGCUCCUUUGCAGUUAAAGC